AUGGAACGGAUUCAGCAGGACUUCAGGAUUCUUUAUCCAGAGGUUGCAGAUAAGCUGUUCUUAGAGUGGCCCAAAAUAGCUCCCCUGGUACUGAAGUAUGCAGACCUCCAUAACCCGACAUGGCGGGAAUCUUUGACUGUUCCACAUCUCGCAUCUUCUGACUUGACAUGUCCUGCAGCAGAAGUGGAGACCAUGGCACUUCUUGCGCUUCCUCAAAUCUCGCCUCCAGGAAUGAAGAAGGUGGGGAAGCGUAGUAUGAAAUGCAGCAGGGCAGAAUCAUCCAAGCCUUCAUCAACAUCGGCCCAGUGGGGACAAACCUUCCAGAGUACCUAGAGAACUGCCAGCAAAAGCAACCUUUUGUGCUCGCCCUUGGGGACAUCCUCAAGCCAGAGCAAGUGUUCGUUAUUUACGGUGGUGCUGCCUUGGAAGCAAUGUCCCUCAUUCACGGAGUGGACCUUUGCUUUAAGGCCAUCUAUAUUCUGUGGGUAAAUUAUCCUUGGGAGGCAGCCAACACUUAUGACUUUCUGCAGAAAGUCAUUUACAAGAUGGAUGAUGGAAACCCCAACUGCAAGACCACAACGCCAUCUAGUACCAUUUCCCUUAGGCUUACAUCUCUAAUUUUUCAUCAUAGAGUCCUAGGCAUGGAGUGGUGCAAGAAAUUUGCAAUUGAUUGCAAGUCAUUUUCAGGUACCGGCCUAAUCAAUCAUUAAUCUUACAAUCAAUUUCAAAUUUGCAAUUGAUUGCUGGUCAACAAAUAUAAAUUAUUUGCUUUAGUUAAGAUUGUUGUAUCACUUGUAAAUUUUUCAACCAAAAUUUGGGAUUGAUUGUAAAUGUUUUCUUGCAACACCCCCUAAGAAGAACAAACUGCUGUUUGGGGAAUUGUUCCUGGAGUAUGCAGAUUGAAAUGCUAUCUUGUACAUGUUUACUGAAGUCAUAUCAAAACUCCAAGCAAAUUAUACUGUUUGUUUUGACAUAUUUUGCAAAUGUGGGCUACUACCUUUAAAGUCUUAUUCAAACAAGGCACGACAAAGCUCAGCAACUUUUGUGUACAAAGUCAAUGGGAUAUGAGGUGUCAAAUAUGUUUCAGAGACAAGUGACCUUUUUUGAAAAGUAGACCAAUUAAAUUUCUUUAAAUAGCGCAAAAUAAUUUUUCCAGAUGAUCUUUAUACAGGUUAUAGUUAUACUAUGUUACGUGUGAUGAUGCAAAAUGCUUUUUGUGCCACUUUCACCAUUUAACAUAGGAAUUGGUAAGAAGGUCAUACUGGCUGUUACUUGAAUAAAUUCAUGAAAAUGGUCUAAA